CAUCGUCUGUCUUCACUAAAAGAAAAAAAACAUAUCAUAAGUAUGGCAGUGUUCAGAAUAAGAAGAAUGAGGUGUUUUUGCGUCUGGUUGUUCCCCCUCGUAGUGGCCGUGGUGUGCGCCCAAAGUGCCGGUGUCAAUGACCCUAGCAAUAUGUCUUUGGUUAAAGAAACGGUGGACAGACUGUUGAAAGGUUAUGACAUACGAUUGAGGCCAGAUUUCGGAGGUGCUCCGGUUGGAGUGGGAAUGAAUAUAGACAUAGCCAGCAUAGACAUGGUAUCAGAAGUCAAUAUGGACUACACUUUGACGAUGUACUUUCAGCAGGCCUGGCGAGACAAGCGGCUGUCCUACUCUGAGAUCCCCCUCAACCUGACCUUAGAUAACCGGGUGGCUGACCAGCUGUGGGUCCCCGACACCUACUUCCUCAACGACAAGAAAUCGUUCGUCCACGGUGUCACAGUGAAAAAUAGAAUGAUCCGACUGCACCCGGACGGCACCGUACUGUACGGUCUAAGGAUCACAACCACUGCCGCUUGUAUGAUGGAUCUAAGAAGAUAUCCACUGGAUGAGCAAAACUGCACACUUGAGAUAGAGAGUUAUGGUUACACUACAGAUGACAUAGAGUUCUACUGGCGAGGAGGAGACAACGCGGUGACGGGGGUGGACAAGAUUGAACUCCCCCAGUUCUCCAUUGUGGAUCAUAAGCUCAUCUCCAAGAAUGUCGUCUUCUCCACAGGUGCUUACCCUCGUCUGUCCCUGAGUUUUAAGCUGAAGAGAAACAUUGGGUACUUCAUCCUGCAGACAUACAUGCCUUCUAUCCUCAUCACCAUCCUCUCCUGGGUUUCCUUCUGGAUCAACUAUGAUGCGUCUGCUGCCAGAGUGGCUCUAGGUAUUACCACGGUGCUCACCAUGACUACCAUUAACACCCAUCUGAGAGAAACCCUCCCCAAAAUCCCCUACGUCAAGGCCAUAGACAUGUACCUCAUGGGCUGCUUCGUCUUUGUCUUCCUUGCUCUGCUGGAGUACGCACUGGUAAACUACAUCUUCUUUGGACGGGGCCCUCAGCGUCAGAAAAAGGCAGCUGAGAAAUCAAUGACAGCCAACAAUGAAAAGAUGAGGAUGGAUCCAAACAAGUGGCUGGUGGGGAAUGUGGUUGGCAGAGAUGAUACUCUGUAUGCAAGAAUGAAACAAAGAGAUCUCGAUGGUCAUGACUCGAUGUGGGAGCCAAUCUUUGUGGAUGACGCAGCAAUUGGACUGGGUGAUCAAAAGAAUAAGAUGGACCCACAUGAAAACAUCCUUUUGGGCACCUUGGACAUCAAGAAUGACAUGGGCGUUUCAGAGCUGGCUCUGGGUCUCAAUGACCCACGAAAUACCAUGCUGACAUAUGACAGCUCAACUUUACAGUACCGCAAAGCAGGGCUGGCCAGGCACAACUUUGGGCGAAAUGCGCUGGAGCGCCACAUGACUCAAAAGAAGAGCCGACUACGGAGGCGCGCUUCACAGCUUAAAAUCACCAUCCCAGACUUGACUGACGUAAACUCUAUUGACAAAUGGUCGAGGAUGAUCUUCCCAACAGUCUUUUCCUUCUUCAACAUCAUUUACUGGCUUUACUAUGUCAAUUAA